AGAUCACAAAAGCUUUUGUUUCCGAACUAUUUGAAAAAGUUUCUUACAUGUCUAAAAUCCAACAUAGAAAUUUGGUUAAUCUGCUCGGAACCAAUUGCUCGUCUUUGAGUAUAUGGUCAACGGUAGCGUGCGAGAUUAUCUAGAUGCCUCUAGGGACUUAACAUUCAAGAAAAGGAUUUCCAUAGCUCUUGAUGCAGCCAAAGGGUUGCUACACUUGCACAACUUAGAUCCUCCGGUACAACACAAGAGAUUUACGACGUCUAAAGUUUUGCUUGAUGCCGACCUCAAUGCCAAGGUAUCAGAUCCGGGAAUGUUGGGACUGCUUGAAGCACGUGAUCUUCGUCUAGUUAAUCCAAGAGGUGGUUUAGCGGAGACCAUUGAUGUUUUUAGCUUCGGGUUGUUCCUUCUAGAGCUUAUCACCGGUGAAAAACCUGAUGUGUUUGAAUCAAACGAAGAAAUUGUUCAAUGGAUACUUCCGAGAAUGUUCAAUAGAUCAUCGUUCAAGCCUUAUAUGAAGAUUACGUUGGAAUGCUUGAAUUAUCCCGCGAUAGAUCGCCCAAAGAUGGAUGUGGUUGUGACCGAGCUUGAGACGAUUUACCAGAAUGAAGUCAUCAGUGAAGACCGUGGGGUUUCUCUAGGAAGUGAGCUUUUUAACAUUACCAUUGAGUAAGAGUGAGACAUGAUGUUGUUGUUUCAGUCUAUGUCGAAAUCCUAUAAAAGGCUAUAAUAAAAGAUUUCGAAGAUU